AUGAAAAAUUCUGCGGUAUCUAGUAGCAAUGAAAUUAGCGUUACUGUCGCUGUGUGUUGGGGCAAAUAUCAAAAAUGUUUCCUAUAUAGCUGCUAUAACUCUUUUCUAGGCGCCACAACACUCUUGACGAUCAUCAUCGAUUUGAUCGUGAAGGCUGUUAGGACUCAACGCGCCGAGUUCAGGACCGCAUCGAGUUUCGAAAAUUGACGAUCGUGAUGGCCAAGCGGCCCUUAUACUGGGUGCGCUGCUGUGUGCCCGGCUGCAACAAAGGAGCAUUGCAGAGGGAGCAAGGACGGCCUCUGUCCGUGUUCCGAGUGCCUCGAGAUGCUGCGGCCAGGGAGGUGUGGGAGCGGCGGCUCGAACUGGUACCUGGGUCACUGCGGCCUGACAGCCAGCUGUGCGAGAUGCACUUUGAGCCCGGCCAGAUCUGUCGCGACUACGUGCACGUCAUUGGCGGAAAGGAGGUGAGGAUCCCACGUGGCAGGGCAGCAUUGCUACCUGACACUGUACCACUGGCACCUAGUAAACACUGUGAAGAGUGCCCUGAUCCCAAAAGGGUUCAGCUAGGCGAUGACCCGAACCCCAUGGAUGAGGAUGUGGACAAGCUUUUAGCCCUUCGCCUGCCCUCCAAAUACUGGUCCUGCCUACGCUUCCACAACUUCGAAGGAGCUGUGUUUGUCACAUCGUCGUUUAAUCCUGCCACAGCUGACUUGGUCACCGAGAAGAUGGUGGUUGUGCAGUGGACUGCUGAUGAGAAGCAAGAAGCAGUGGUGUGUGAGACGUUGGUACGGGGACGUCGCUUGGGGGACGUGGUUGUGGGUGACCUGUGUGCUAUCCAACAGGCACUCUGUGUGGUGGACGCAUUGCAGCUCUGUGCAGGCGUGGGUAGCGUCAAGUAUGUGCUGGAGCAGUUGGGUGGCCGUCUGACGGCUCACUUGGAGCGCAGUCUAGUGGUACAUGGAGACACCUACUUCAGCAAUGCCUGUGUGGCCACUGUGGAAGCCGUGGGUGCAUCAUGUGGUCCUUGCAAGCUGGCCAGGAAGGCUGUUUUGACGAAGAAGUCAGCGCUGCUCAGGAAGAAUUUUCUUGUGUCAUAUGUGGACAGCUCUAGAGACACUAAGUGACGCAGAGAUGAGAGACUGUUGAGGCCAUGCCUGCAGCAGCAAAGUCAUGGACAAGACCUGCCUCAUGGUUGCCUUUGCUUGUCAUUCUCUCUGCCACCUGCCCAACUGGAGUGGACUGUGAAGUCAUGAACAAGAGUGCACGAUUUUUGUGUGCUUUGUAAAAAAGAUAAAAUUGAGUGCUUUGAGAAUGUGCGUAUUGUUUCUUAUAUAUCGACAGAAUACACACCUAAUUAUUUUCCUGUAUUGGUCUGCUUUGAGGUUCACAGAUGUCAUUACAGGACAUUGAAAAAGGCACU